GCAGCCAUCAAUCUCCUCCUGUUUCUCCCAGAACAGGUGAUGCUUCAAAAUUGUGAUCACUUUCUGGAGGCAGCGCUGCCACUGGAAGGAUGCGAGAGACCUAGGGCGGAGGGCCUGAGGCGGCAGAUCUGAACUUAAGGAGGAUAUAACCCAAACUUUAACUACAUCAGUCCGCAUCUCACGCGUGGAAGCAAAGGACGGGUUAUCUUUUUAAAUUUUUUUGUCACGAGAGAGACUCAAACUUCGGCGCUUGAUCCCUUUUCCUGGAUUGCUUUGGAGGAGACGGUUUGGUGACAACGUUGGGAACAGUGAGGACAGCGUUGUAACUCAUUUUUAAAGCGACAGUAGAUCAGACUUUUUAAAUGUUUGGGAUCCAAGAUACUUUAGGAAGAGGACCAGCUCUGAAAGAGAAAUCGCUGGGCGCCGAGAUGGAUUCGGUCAGGUCCUGGGUCCGGAAUGUCGGCGUGGUGGACGCCAAUGUCGCUGCGCAGAGCGGAGUAGCCCUGUCCCGGGCCCACUUUGAGAAGCAGCCUCCUUCCAACUUGAGGAAAUCCAACUUCUUUCACUUCGUCCUGGCGCUCUACGACAGGCAGGGGCAGCCGGUGGAGAUAGAGCGCACCGCCUUCGUAGACUUUGUGGAGAACGACAAAGAACAAGGCAACGAGAAGACCAACAAUGGCACCCACUACAAGUUACAGCUCCUCUACAGCAACGGUGUCCGCACGGAGCAGGACCUGUACGUAAGGCUCAUCGACUCGGUCACCAAGCAGCCCAUAGCUUACGAGGGACAAAAUAAGAAUCCGGAAAUGUGCCGAGUUCUCCUGACACACGAAGUGAUGUGCAGUCGAUGUUGCGAAAAGAAAAGUUGUGGCAACCGAAAUGAGACUCCUUCAGACCCUGUCAUCAUCGACAGAUUCUUUUUAAAAUUUUUCCUCAAGUGCAAUCAGAAUUGUUUGAAAACAGCAGGAAACCCAAGGGACAUGAGAAGGUUUCAGGUCGUGUUGUCAACAACGGUGAAUGUGGAUGGACACGUGCUGGCUGUUUCCGACAACAUGUUUGUUCAUAACAACUCAAAGCACGGGCGGAGAGCGAGAAGGCUGGACCCAUCGGAAGCUACUCCAUGCAUCAAAGCCAUUAGCCCGAGCGAAGGCUGGACCACCGGAGGGGCCAUGGUCAUAAUCAUUGGGGAUAACUUCUUUGAUGGCCUCCAAGUGGUGUUCGGGACUAUGCUUGUGUGGAGCGAGCUAAUAACUCCUCAUGCCAUCAGAGUGCAGACUCCUCCUCGGCACAUUCCUGGAGUAGUAGAAGUGACAUUAUCUUAUAAAUCCAAACAGUUCUGCAAAGGAGCUCCAGGGAGGUUCAUUUACACAGCCUUAAAUGAACCCACCAUAGACUAUGGCUUUCAGAGACUGCAGAAAGUCAUCCCAAGGCAUCCUGGAGAUCCUGAGAGAUUAGCUAAGGAAAUGCUGUUGAAAAGAGCUGCAGAUCUGGUGGAGGCGCUCUAUGGGACACCACACAAUAACCAGGACAUCAUUUUGAAGCGUGCCGCAGACAUCGCUGAAGCCCUGUACAGUGUCCCCAGGAACCCCAGCCAGAUCCCAGCUCUCUCCAGCUCUCCAGCUCACAGUGGCAUGAUGGGCAUCAAUUCUUACGGCAGCCAGCUUGGGGUCAGCAUCUCAGAGUCAACACAGGGAAAUAAUCAAGGAUACAUCCGCAACACAAGCAGCAUCUCUCCGCGGGGCUACUCUUCCAGCUCCACCCCUCAGCAGUCUAACUACAGCACCUCCAGUAACAGUAUGAACGGCUACAGCAACGUCCCUAUGGCCAACCUGGGUGUGCCAGGAUCUCCAGGAUUUCUAAACGGCUCCCCUACAGGCUCCCCUUACGGAAUCAUGUCAUCAAGUCCCACUGUUGGAUCCUCCAGCACGUCCUCCAUCCUCCCAUUUUCCUCUUCAGUUUUUCCUGCUGUCAAACAGAAGAGUGCCUUUGCCCCUGUCAUCAGGCCCCAAGGCUCCCCUUCACCUGCUUGCUCCAGUGGCAAUGGAAAUGGAUUCAGAGCCAUGACCGGACUUGUCGUGCCCCCGAUGUAAAGAAGAGGAAGAACUGCUUUCUUAUAGCACAAAACUGCUUACUCUGAUGGACCAAUAAUGAAGAAAGCACUAGGAGCUCUCUGGGGAAAGCUGUGCCCCAAGUGAACAUGAUGGACAGAUCUGGGUUUGCAAGGAGCUGCCUCUUACCUGGUCUCACGUUUCUUGUGUAGCUAUGAUGGUAACUACACAAACUGACCCUCCUGGGAACAGGGACAAAAGAUGUCAUUGACGUAGUCAGUGCUAAGAGCAGAAAUGCAAUUCUUUGUUAUGAACAUUAUGAGAACCACCUUCCUAUGUUUGUAAAAUAUUUAAGAAAAAAAAUUGGCAAACGAUUCAUGCUUAAUAUUUUGGAUACUAUUUGUUUUUCUUUGUAGGAAAAAAAAGUUGAAAGUUUCUAUUUUCUAUGAAGCCUUUCAGAUACCAAUUUAGUUUAUGCAGAAAAAAAAAUUGAACAAAACAGGGUACCAGCAUGGAAGACUUUCUUAAAAUGAAACCUGAAUUGAAUGAUGAAAUGUUGUUGUAUGUGUGUUUGCUUAUAGUUUAAUCUCUUUAAAAAACAAACAAACAAACAAAAAAA